AUCACCAACGAGCCACAACAAAAACAACAACAGAACUCAGCUGUUCGGCGGCUAACUAGCCGGCCUAGUUACUGAAUUCUGUUCUCUACAGUUUUUAGGUGUUUCAUUUGUACAUUUUACUUUUUACAGUUACUAAUGCAUUCGGAUACAAAGCAAAUUAUAUAAAAUAUUCAACGAUGCGCGGCAAUUAGCUGUAUUAUUUUAAACCCCUUUGUCUCAUCUCUGCUAGCUCCUAGCAGGUUAGCAUUUAAACUGAGGACGAGGGGGAGCCAGUUCGACCAAAAGACUUCACCAGGCCAGAAACAUUUAUGGCAGAACUAGACCACAAGACCGACCGGUGGAGAUUCUGACCUCCACCAAUGACGACCAACAUCAUUUCCUCAUCUGUCAUCAUGUCACCGAGAAAAAGACCCCUGGUGCCUGUAAGCAGCCGUCGGAAAGCAACGGAUGACUACUUCCCUUUCAACUUCCUGCCGGUGGAGUGCCAGCUGCAUGUCUUGUCCUUUCUGAAUGAGGUGGAUAAGUGUAGCUGUGCCUUGGUUUGCCUGAGCUGGAGCUGUCUCGUCCGCUCGUGGAAGCUGUGGCGGGUGGCUGACUAUUCCCGUCGCGGUGUCUUCCAUCUGGGUCAGGAGGGGCUGCUUGUUUCCAACCGUGAGUUCGAGAGGUGGAAAUCCUGGGUCCACCAUUACACCCACCACCUCAUCUCCCGCCGGGCGAGCCUGCUCACACUGAAGGCCAGCUUUGACCUGGGGGAUCGUUGCAACAAGUGGUGCGAGCUGCUGAGCCACCUGCUGGAUAAUGUUCACUGCAGAGACCUCAGCCACCUGGACCUCAACUGGACCUUUACUCUUCUCGAGCCGCUGGACCUCAGGGUCCACUCCAGCUCCAGCUCACACCAGGACAGCAUUACCAAAAUGGACCAGGUGACGAGUUUCCAGGAGUUGCUGACCAAACUCACCCACAGCUGCCCGCGCAUCUCUAAGAUGCGGCUGCAUUUUGACUGGUCGGACUUGUCCGUGUCGCUGCUCACCCAGUUCCAGCAGCUCAGAGUCCUUGAGCUCAAAUAUUUCUGGGUCUUUAAAGGAGUGACUCCCUCGACGCUGCAGACCCUAACCAAAUCCCUGCCUAACCUAAAGUCUCUGACUCUACACAUCCUGGUGCCGCUAAGGAAUCUGGGCAUCUCGUACACUCUGGAGUCCCAGUCUCUGGAGUUCCUGGACGUGUCGCCCAGCCGAGGCUUAGUCUUCUCCUGCCUGAAGCUGCCGGCCCUGCGCGAGCUUCGAGCCAAGAAGAUCGUCCGCGGGAUCACGCUGGACCGGAGGACCAGGCUGAGGAUUCAGCACCGAUGGCCCUGCCUGUACCACGUCCUCCGUGAGGGCACGCCGAAGCUUCAGGCCCUUAACAAUGAGAGGCUCCUCCCCACAUGGCGAGAGGAGAGCUACGGGGAGCUGUCUGCUAUCCUGGAACAGUCCUGUUACUGUGUUCAGCAUCUGGACAGCUGGCUUUGGUAGUCAACUGUAAAUGAAGUACAUCCCACAUCUGGUGGUCAGUUGGUAGAUUCCAGAAGAAAGCAGUAUAUUUCCUGUAAACUCGCCAUCGCUGGCCUGAUUUAAGUGAACUGAACGUGCACUCAUGGGGACACAUAAUCAAAUGACUGCAAACUGUUUCCAAAACAGUAAGCUGCUGCUGUUAAUGUGGAGACACUUUCCUAAAUGUCGACAAGACAAUGAUAAACAGCGUGUCUGUAAUUGUUUUAUUUUGUUGGUCCAAUAUCUCCAAAAAAAAAACAAAAACUGAUUGUACUGUGUUACUGGCCUGGAUUCAUGGUCCGUGGUCCGUGUUAUGAAAAGAAGACUAAACGACUGAGUGAGUGUAAUGGCUCCUCAAAGCUGUUGAGCGAUGCCUUUUAAACUUUAACUAAACUUGUUCAAAGAGAAACCUGUGACAGCGAACCAGGGCUCACUGCUGAGGCGGGAAAACAACAAUCCAGACUAAAGGCAAAAUAUUUGGAGAAAAACAUUUGAAUUUUAUAUUAAAGUCAGCAUUGAGAAAAAAAAGUGUAAUUUCAAGAUAACAAGUUAUCUAAAAAGUCCUGAAUCAUUUUCAGAAACAUGUGUGAUGUAAUGAGAGAAAAGAAAAUGUUAUAAUCUGAUAUAAAAAUCACAGGGACAGAUUAUUUAAAUCUCAAAAUAUCAGAUUUUUAAACAAAAUUAUCAACAUUGAGUUUUUUCUUGAAGUAUCCUGAUUUUUUUUUUUUAGAAGUAUUUCAAAUAUAUAUUACAAGUUAAUAUUACAACUUUUCCCAUCCAAAAUAUUAUUUUUUCCCUAAAAAAAAUAAUGUUUAUUCUUAAUAUAUUACAAUUAAACCUCAAAAUAUUUUGCCUUUCUUCUCUGUCUCUGAUUCCCAUUAACAACAUUUUCUCAAUUGUGAAAAACUGACAUGUACUGUAUUGUAUCGAUCACUAUUGUUAUUAUUUUGGUUAUUGAUUGAAUGCAGUUGUAUUUAUCAUCACACAUUCAGAUGUAAAGCUGCAAAGAAACAGAGCUUCUGACUAGAAAACUGCACAAACCGCCGACGAGAUCAGGCGUGAGCUGAUAGUACACGACUGAUCUCGUCGGCCGUUUACACAUUUUAACCACGUAAAUCUCAGUAACAACAGAAGAAGAAAAAAUAACAAUCUGUGGCAAGUUAAAACACAACAGUACAGGACCAAAAAGCCUCUCUGAAUUUCUGGGUUCUGACCCUGGGAUUUAAAUGACCUGAAAACACAAGCUGGUUCUGAUUUAAAUACUUGGCACCUUCAGACUGACAGUAUUAAUCUGGUGUAAUCCCAAUCAGGAACCAGGUAUCAUUCCAGUGCUGGACCAGUUUGCACCCGACAUGUUUUUAUUUCCUUGUUGAUGUGUGAUUUUAGAUGAAAUUUUAAUCAUGUAUUUUUAUUUUAAAAGCAGAGAGAGCUAAUGUAUCGUUUUUUUCUUUUAUUUAGGUUUUAAGACAUUUAACCUGCCUGUCUUAAAAUGACAUUUGGAAACUUUUUUUUUUGCACAUUUCCAUUGCUGUUAUGAAAGGUUAAUGUUGUUCGAAUCACUGUAGCAAGCAAGUGACCAAAAUCCAGCUGUUAUUGUUUGUGAUCAUGGAUUCCAGAUAUAUUUUACAUGUAUGUAAAGUUGUGACAUUUUAUUUCCAUUCCUUCUUCUUUUUUGUUUUUUAUCCCGAGCCUCCACUGUUUUGCCUCUGGCUGUCGAGAAAUGGAGUCGGUGCCUUUUGCAGUUUCCCUCCUAAUCAGUAGAGGACCUUCUUCUCAAAGAUUUGGCGAACAGGAUUUCUCUCGCAACAGAAACGCGGGUGUGUUUACAGCUGCACGAUAGUGAAACGCUCGCGUCUUCAAACUGAUGGAUUCUGAUCAUUUCACUCCAGUUACUUGAGCUGCAGAUGUGUGUCUGAGGGUAUUUAUUUUCUCCAGGAUAUAUCGAUGUAUGUGUGAGAUGUGGUUGAUGUUAUGAAACUUUUUGAGUGUAGUUUCACAAGAUCCUUCAAAAGUAUAAUUUUUUGUUAUCAUUGUUUUAAUCGUGUGUGUGUGUGUGUGUGUGUGUGUGUGUGUGUGGUUGUGUGUGUGUGUGUGUGUGUGUGUGUGUGUGUGUCAUCAACUCAUAGUUUCUCAGAGAAACAUGAAUAAUUUAACCGAUGACAGCUCUGAUCCCAGAUCUCCUGCUGUCUGAGGAAUAAAUCCUUCCUGAAAACAACAUAUCUAAAUGUGUGAGUAGAACAUCCUGACAGAUGUGGUAACAUCUGGUCCAUAAGACUUUUUUUUUUUUUUUUUUUUACAUAAUAAAUGAUUACGGUUUUGAGUUUUCUGGAAUCCAAUA